GAAGUAGGAGGGGGAAAAGUGCGUACGCAAUUGGGGACUCAACUGUGGAGAGGCCGCGGCACGUGGGUGGGCUUGCCAGGAAGAGCGAUGGCUUCCACUGCUCCGCGGAAGGGGCUUCUCCCGCGUGGUAGCCAUGUGAAGAAAAAAACAAAUUCAAAACCAGAUUGCCUGAACGAGCAAGAAAUUCCAUAUCGGUUGCGGGAAAUCAUGAAGAGCCGUGAUGAACUAAAAAACCCCACACGCAAGAAGAAAAAGAAAGCAAAUAAGCAGAGGCCUCAGUCUGAGGGUGACAUACCAGUACCGAAGUUCAGGAGGCGGCGAGGGGAGACGGAAUCCUCAUAUAAUAGACGUAUGGAGCAGGAAGUUCAGCACGUACGCUUUCUCACUGAAAAUCAGACACAGCGUGAACCUGAGAAAGAGAUGCAGGUCCAAGAAAAGUCACAGAGGAAAAAAGAGUUUCAGAAAAAGAAGCUGGAAAAAAUCCGUAAGCAAAAAGCAGAGAAAAAAGUGGCAAUGCUUGAGAAGGACCUUCUCAAAGACUCAAUAAAAUUUGGAGAAGUUGCUCUACAGCCCCCCACACUUACAGUGAAACCCAGGAAGAGUGUUGUCAAAGACAAGGGUGAUCAAAGGCAACUUCUGCUGAUGUCUCUUUUGGGCUCCGGUAGAACAACCACCGUUAAAAAAUCAGUCCAUGCCUCUCUUGCUCGCCAAAGGAUCAUUCAAGAGGAGAGAGAACGGGUUGUCCAAGCCUAUCGGAAUAUAAAGAAACGUAAACAGCAGCAGCAACAGCUGCUGAAUGAAAGCUUUCUUGAUAUAGACAAGCUAAAGAAACCAGUCUGAGUUGAUAGAACAGUUCUAUCAUUCUGAGAAACACAACGCCGUUGCAAACCAAUUGUAGAACAUCAGCCAAAUCUACUAUCUUUCUCCUUUCCAGUUUGAAUGAGAGUAGCCAGCAACACAGAUAAGCAAAUUAACAGUUGAGCGAUACAAGCUUACAUACAUAACUUCUGUGAGCAGACCAAAUUGUUUAAAAAGUGUUUCUUGUAACCCAGUUUCAGAACUGCAUUCACAGUAGAAUUUGCAACAUGAAAAAUCCAUGCCCCACAUUGGCUACUUCCAAAGGAUUAGUAAUUCAGAUUGGCUACAAGAAUCAGAGCUAGUUUUCAGGCAACUUAGUUCUCAGAUCUGUUUUGAUGUUUCUUGCAAUGGUGAAGAAAACUGUUCUCCAGUUGGACAUUGUACUCUUUUUGGCACUUUUUUAGUGUAUGUGUUUUCCCCAUAUCCCACCUGGCUUACAGAAAAGGUUUGAAAGUGAAGAACCUAAAAGAUCCAAGCCAGAUCUCUCCUUGGAGUUUUGUUGCCAGCUUCUGAAUCAGAGAGAUGUGCUGAGAGGAUUGGGCCCCUGCUCCAAGAAAAUGUUAUUAGAGACAGAUGAAUUGGAUUAAAAUAUGUUUCUACGCCAAAUAUAUGUUCUUGCUCAUUUCGCUGGCUCUCCUGUCAUCCCAACUAGAAACUUCUUGUGCUGCUCUAGUUGUAAAGAAAAUUAUUUCUUUGCAGAAGAGAAAUGGGACUGCUGCUCCAGGGCAGCUACUGUAUAGACACCCACCGUUGAAUACCAGCAAACCCUUUGACUGGAUGGAAGUCCCUAAGAUAGGAUGAAGCAGGAGGUGCAGUUCCUUGGCAGAAGUUUUAAAGUGAAAUGGAGGGAGCAACACGCUUGUUUUGGCCCAACUUUAUGAAACUGAUAAAAGGGAAACGAUUGUGCCAUCCUCCCUCUUUCCCUUCCAAGUCCUGGUGCUGUUGUACAUAAUAAGAACAUGUAUUGGCAAAAAACAAAGGACUUAAAUGGGGAAAUAAAGUGGUAUUGGUGUGCCCAGCAGCAGUCACCAUGUAUUCUUAAUUCUGCAAACCAAGUUUAUUUUAAAAGUGAUGUGAAAGAUUACUUAAAAAAAAACAAAAAACAGAAACCAGGUGGUUGUUUGGUAGAGUGAGGUUCUCAGAGAAAAGGCGGCUGGCAAAGUAAGGUAGCAAAAUUUUGAAUUGUACAUAAAAAGCAGCAAUAGUUGUAUUGAUUGGAGGAUGGAAAAAAUCUAAAAUCUCUAGUCUAGAAAUAUAUUUAUUAAGAUCAGUAUUGUAUUGGGCAAGAUUCUGGUGGGGGGGGCGGUGGUGCUAAUGAAGAUAUUGCUAGAGUGUGGGCUUUGGGUGGUGGAGCACAGAUUUGUCAGUAGAUGGCAGGAUCUGUAUGCAAUGAGGAGAUCCUUCCUUAAGCAAGCCCUUUCUCUGGAGGGACCUUUUGUCUUUAUAAUGAGAGUGUGGUACAGAGAACAUCCUGUGGAUAUUUCAUACAGAUUCUCCCUGUAGUUAUCUGUAGUUUUGACUGAGCACCUGAUGUUCCAAGAUAAUGUCCUGGUAAAACCUUUUUUAAUGAAACAUAGCCUGUGUUAUUCUUCUGGUGUCUCUGGGUAUAUGGUAUAGGUACUGGAAAGAAUAUACUCUUAGUGUGAUUUCUCCACUCCUUUCAGCUCUCUGCUGGGGACUGAUCUUUAAUAUUAGAUUUCUCAGCUUAUCCUUGAGAUUUCUAAAACAAUUUCUACCUUCAGAAUAUUUGGAAAGCUGUUCACGUGGGUGAGCACCUUGACUCCUUGAGGCAUGAUUGUGCCUACUGUGCUGCUUGGAAGCCGUUCCCAUUAUCUUCACUGUCACAUAGUAAAAAAUGAGCGUUCUUAAGAAUGCAGCCUGGCGGCAGUGUUAUGUUGCAUCUAAUUGUGUUUAGUGGAGCCACUUCCAUCAGUGAGUGUAUAACUGCCAGUUGGUGUUAACAAUUUUAAGAAAAUAAAAGAAAAAGGAUGCUCUGUUCCCUCAAACGGGAUUGAAAAUAGUGGGGAUUUUUUUUUUUUUUUGGUGGGUAGGCUCUUUUAAUGAAUUAUACUAAUAGACUUUAACAGGACUUUUGUUUAGAGAGAAUUCUGUGCAAUCUAAAAAACCUGCAGUCAAAAUAUUCUAAUAAAGUGUGAAUCAG